AUGGUUGCAUCGCCGAUUGAACAGGUGCAGAUUGAUCCAGUCGUUGCUCUCCAAAUCGCUAAAUGCUUCAACGACGAGCGCGCGCAGGAUGAAGAUAGAAUCGGUCAAUUGACUGGUUACAUCGACCGAAGCAGCAACGUCCUCGAAGUUACCCAUUCGAUCCCGAGCCCAGUUGACACUGACGAUUCGUACGAUGAGCCAGAGCGCUACGCUCUCGACUACCUCAAGUAUAUCCGAGAAAAGGGAUGCGAUCACCUCCAAGUCGGCUGGUACACGAGCUCCCUCAACUCCGAGAUCUUCACUCGCUCCUUCUUGAACAACUUGGUCUCUUUCCAGAUGAACUUGACCGAGUCGACCGUGCUCGUCUACGAUCCUCUGAAAACUGCCCAAGGUCAGUGCUCCUUCCGAGCUUUCCGAAUCUCCCAGGACUACAUCGACAUGAUCAACUAUGACGCCGAGAAUGAUUACUGGCCUGAGCCUACUUUGAAAGAACUCCGAGAUGGCAAAAUCAGCACCAAGGAUAUUUUCGAAGAAAUCCCGGUUGCGUUGAAGACUUCCUUCCUCGCAAACAUGCUUAUUUUCGACCUUGAAGAUCGCGACUCCUUCAACCCCCGAAAAUCUUUCCUCGAGCCGGCAACUUCUGCUUCCUUGGAAAGACACCUCAAGCUCCUCGACCGAGUUGUAGAUGAAGUCGUCAACGACUCGAACAGAUUCAAUCAAUUCCAAAAGCUCACUGCUAAAAACCAACAGCAACGACAAAGCUGGCUCGCUAAGCGACGACAAGAAAAUGAACAGCGACGGGCUAAUGGACAGGAAGAGCUUCCACUCGAUGAGGUUAACCAAGUGCACAAACUUCCUGAAGCACCAAGCCGAAUCGAACCGAUGCUCCGAAGCGUCCAGAUGAAGGAAUACACUGAUGCCGUCGCCGAUCUCGCCACCAAGUCUCUCGGAAAGCUCUUUAUCACCGACGCUUUCCAGAAGAGCAGCUAA